UGCAAAGCCUCCUUACACGUCACAAUCUGUACAUUUAGUUUCAUAGUCAGGUCCCUUGAUGUUCAAAACAAUAAAAUAACCAAUGGGCUUUUUGGAUAUUGAUUAAAAAAAAGAACGCUGUUUGUGGUAUUCUACCUGUUCAAAUAUAGGGUUAUCACUAGUCACUCCCUUCUCACCACCUGAUUAGAAACAAUACCAAGCUGAAACUAUCGGUAAAGGUGUUCUCACCUUUAACACGGUCGACAAUAUUUGCUUUGAUAAAUAUUUAACCAUACAUGCAACCAGUGUCCAAAAAACCUAGAACUACUAGUAGAGUGGUGUAUUUGUAUCUGCCAGAGAGGAAUAUCUAUCAGGAAUUAACAUUGGACCAUGCAUAAAACAUUAGUUAUCAUAUAUUGUAUCUAAAUGCAGUAUUGGCAGAAACACAAUUCCAUUUUUGAUUGUCUGCCCCACCAUUUCUAUGCAGAAUAUAACGACAAUAGCACUCUUUUGACAAUAAAUCCCAUACAAACAUACCAUGAGACCAUAAUCUCCAGGCAGAUAUUGUUGGUUAUCGUUGUAUUAAGCAUCAACAUUAUAUAAACAAAAAUGGAAUGUGUGAAUGUUAAUUGCAUUAAAUGAGACAUGCUUUAUCUGGCAUACAAAAAAAAAAUCCAAAACCCCAAUGGAAACUAGGCGGAAAGAGUGUGUAGUUUAAAACGUGACGCAGCUUUUACUUCUUUGCCACCUACAGAGUUUGUUAUGAUCGUUCAAAAAAGCCAUGUUAUUUCCCAUGAACAAUUGACAGAGGGAACCGGCAGCCUAGGAGGCUGGAUGUAUUCUUCAUAGGUCUAUUUCACAGGACUUUGAUAUGUUCUUUCUUUUUUUCAAAGGUCGGAAUAAAUGAAUGUUUUAUGAACAAUGUUUGUUUACUUAUGUUUGGUUUUCAUCAACUGAAAAAUGUAUUACUUUCAAAAGAUCAGUUGAUGGCUGAGAACCUGUUGGAAAGUUGUUGGUAGAAUCAUUACUUAUUUCGCCUAGGCAUGUUUAUAUACGUUUAGAUCAGAAAUUGAGCGUUGUGAACCCACAACUCUCUGUUGUCAUUGUUAAAUGGAAGCAUAGUUAAUCCAAAAGUCCCUAUACAAUGAUACUCUUUUAGCAACAACGCCAUCACUGUAGGGCGUGAGUCAUGCACACACCCCAUGAGUAUAGAACCAAAUUACGCACAGUCAUGCACAGUCAGAUGGUCGGAUAUGAUCUACUUUCCCAACCUAACAAGAACACAGCCAUCAACAUGUACCCCCUUAUCCCCAUUCUAAAUUGAUGUGGCUUUCUAUCUGGUGCUAACAAACCAUUUUUCUCCAUAGUUGUUUCUCCUUUGAGACAGAGAUAUUCUACCCGGUCAAAACGUAUUGGUUCCGUCCCUUGAUUAAUCCAAUCAUUUGUGCCUGGUUAAUUCUCUGUGCUAGCAAAUGGACAAAAGCAGGUGUGGGUGUGGCCACCACCGUCAUAUCCUUCUUGAUGUGUACAUACUACAACGUCAUCAUUACCUGGGCAUUGUAUUACUUCCUCAACUCCUUCUGGACAACCCUGCCUUGGCAGUCCUGCAACAAUAGCUGGAAUGCUGUUGAAAACUGCUCAAGUGGUCUCACUGGCAACGCCUCUAACCUGCAGUCAGCCAGCCAGCAGUUCUUUGAUCGGAAGCUUCUGGAGAAGACGGAUGGCAUCGAGGAGGCCGGUGGUGUCCGCUGGGAGCUGUUUGGCCUGCUCCUUGUGGCCUGGGCCAUCGUCUAUCUGUGCAUCUUCAAGGGCGUCAAGUCUACCGGCAAGGUGGUGUACUUCACAGCACUGUUCCCGUACUUUGUGCUGUUCGCCUUGUUAAUAAACAACGUGCAACUCCCUGGAGCAGUCAAUGGCAUUAUCUACUUCCUGACCCCUGUCUGGGGAAAGCUGUUGGAAGUCCAGGUGUGGGUGAAUGCCGCGGCCCAGGUGUUUAACUCCAUCGGUAUUGGAUUUGGCUCCAUGAUCUCGUUGGCUAGUUACAACAAGUUCAACAACAACAUCCUCCGGGACACUCUAAUCGUUGCGCUCACUAAUUCGGCAACGAGUAUACUAGCUGGAUUUGUGAUAUUUUCCGCCAUCGGCUACAUGGCUCACGUCCAUAACCUGCCGGUGGAUGACAUUGCUACAGAUGGCCCUGGCCUGGUGUUUGUGGUGUAUCCAGAAGUCUUCUCCACCAUGCCUGUACCCCAGUUAUGGGCUGCACUCUUCUUCCUGAUGCUGCUUUGUCUCGGACUUGAUAGCCAGUUCUCCAUGGCGGAGGUGGCCGUCACCUACGUCGUGGAUGAGUUUGGGGUCAAGGUGCUGCGCAUCUUCAAGAGGAGGGAGCUGCUGGUGCUGGCCGUCUGCUCGGCGUGCUUUCUCUUCGGCAUCCCACACAUUACCAGGGGGGGCAUCUAUGUGUUCCAGCUCAUGGAUCACUACACUGCCGUGGUCUCCCUGAUGUUCCUAGCCUUCUUUGAAGUGUUGGCAGUCUGCUGGAUCUUUGGGGUGAGUCGAAUCUCAAAAAUGAUAAGGACGAUGCUUGGGAAAGAACCAAACCUCUUUUUCCGGCUAAACUGGAUGGUGGCCACCCCCCUCCUGGUGCUGGUCAUCCUGGUGUCCAGCAUCGCGCAGUACAGCCCGGCACACUACGGAAAGUACGUGUUCCCUGCCUGGGCGAACGUGGUGGGCUGGGGGAUCUCCCUGCUCUCCAUCGUGUGCAUCCCCCUGGGAGCUCUGCAGGAGAUCUGGAGGAACGAGGGCACCUUGCUUCAGAGAAUAAAACAUGCAUUAAAGCCAACCAUAGACCUGGAUGCUGAAGAUGACCACCCAGAGGAGAAGAAAUUAAAGUUCCCAUUGAUAACCAUCAAUAGCCAUGAUUGAUUUGACACUGGUGAACCAAGCUGUGCUGGGUUAGUAUGCAUCAAACAUAGUUUUAAUAUGUUCGUCAACUGGCAUCCAUAUGCAGAGAGCUCAAUUUACAUAAUUUGUUUUUAGGUUAAGGGUCAUUUGGUUUUAGGUUUCUAUGGGAGUAAUGUUAACUUUUUGGUUAUUUUCAUUAGCAAAAUAUAUUGAAUGCCAUUUGUGUUUAUAUAUAUUAUAUAUAUAAGCUAAUUGUAACUUUUUGAACUUUUUCUCAUGCCGUUUUGAUUACCAAGUGGCCCUUUAACAGAUUCAUUAGGUCAAGGCUAAGCCUACUGAGUCUUCUUUUAUGAUUCUUUUGUACUGGGCAUUUCACCGCAAGGUUGAAUUUUAGCCAAUUAGGGAACCUUUUAUCUUGUGCCAUUACGUUGAAUUGGCCUAACAGGGAGGUAAUCCAGGAGAUUGCCCCCUCUGCUUUUUUAUUCAUUUGUUUUGCACCUUCCCAUGAUCCAUGACCUAGAUCUGCUCCGUAUCUUCCAGGGUUCUUGAAGAGAGAUAAGCACUGAAUAUUGUUUUAAAUACUCACAUCUGUAUUUGCAAAGGUCAAACAAUGUCUCUAAAAUGUGUUAUACCAAAGAAAUUAAGUUAUAAAAUGUAUAUCGGGUUCGGAAUUAUGGAAUAACAUUUGGAUCACUGUACUACUGCCGCUAGAUUAUGUUAUGGAUAAACCAUGAAAUGAUACGCCUUAUGGCCAUUUACUCUGUUGUACUAUGGCAUAACAUGAUAAAUAAGUCUUUCUUUAGAGCAAAUUAUAAUUUUAUGUUAAAUAUUAUCAACUAAAGCUUUGUGCAAUUUAUGAUGCAAGCCUUUUCUUUUCACUGUUUUACAUUUUUGAAAAACCUACGUUCGCUGCUUAGGAGUUUAUAUUCACUUAAGUGCCUUAAUUCUAGAAUAUUGAUCUUUUCAUACAUACCUGAAUGACAAUAUUUAGUAAAUAUUUAAUAAAAUAUGAUGGAAUAUUG